UCCGUCAGCCGUGUGUCAGGUCGGUUAUCUGAACUUGCAUCAUAAUCUGCGUUAUGAGUUUCUGAUAUGCUUUCUCGGAUCUCGCCACUGGACGGUUUAAGUGAUUUAAGUUUUUCAGAGAAGAGAGCAGAGUAUGGUUUAAUAUCUCAAGUCCAGCAGCUGAACAUGCUGAGUAUGAAAGCGCAGGUGGAUGUGGUCUGCUGUAAAUCAGUAGGAACUGAUCUGUCCAUGCUGGAUAUUGAGGAUUUCAUCACAGAAAUCUGUCAGCUGAAGAAAGAGGUGGCUUCACUGGAGGCAAAGCUGAGAGAAAGAGGAGACCAACUGAACAGAGAGGAUGUGGAGCAGGUUUCAGUGCGUGCGGCUGAUGGGACAGAAGCUCAGGAUUCAGUCUGGAGCGUCAGAGAUCAGAGAUCCAGAGACACACAGGACUCAGAGCUCAGCCUCACUUUACUCUGUUAUACUGACGCUCAGGAUCAUGAAUCCACUGAUCAAACCUCUGACUGUAACGCUGGAGAACAGCAGAUGCUGCAGACGCCGCUGAAGAUGUGCUCCGUCAAACUGCUGGACUGCAGGAACCUGAUGGAGAGCCGAGGAGAAGAAACCACCGCAGAGAAAGAACAACAACACCGUGAUGAGGAAGAGGAGGAGGAUGAUGAUGAGAAUAAUGGGGAUGAUGAAGAGGAAGAUUUCAUUCCUCCAGAUGUGAGUUGUGGUUCAUCCUCUGAUGGAGAUAAAGAAACUUCAAAAGAGCAGCUGCAGACCAAGAGUUUCUCCUGCACCACCUGUGGAAAAACACUGAGUUCAGAGGGUCAUUUAGCGAGACACGAGAGAACACACACAGAACAGAAAGACUUCAGCUGUAAGAUAUGCAACAUCAGCUUUCCUACCGCAGAAGAGAGGAGACUUCACUCAAAAGAGCACAGCGGGAAGAAGGAGUUUCACUGUGAACAGUGCGGGAAGGAUUUUUUCACCGUUGCUCAUAAUAUGAAAGCCCAUAUAAAGACACACGACGAAAAGUCUUUCCACUGCAGCGAAUGUGACAAGCAUUUCAGCACCAAAGGAAAUCUUGUUGUUCAUAAGCGAAUCCACACGGGAGAAAAACCAUACAAGUGCCCUCACUGUGAAAGAAGAUUCAUGUAUGGAUCUCAUCUGAAGAUACAUGUGCGUUUGCACACCAAUGAGAGGCCGUACCAGUGCAGUGAAUGUGGAAAAGCCUUUAGGCAGUUAUUUAGUCUACAGUCACACCAAAAAAUGCACACAGGUGAGAAACCGUUUCAGUGCAAAUACUGUGACAAACGAUUCCUUCACAAAUCCUACCUGAACUAUCAUGAGAGGACUCACACUGGAGAGAAACCGUAUCUGUGCUCCUACUGUGGAAAGAGCUUUUCUAAUCCAGUUCAUUUUGGACUUCAUCAGAGAGUUCACACUGGAGAAAAACCAUAUCACUGCAGCGUUUGUGGGAAGAGUUUUGGUAAACACAUUACAUUACAAAACCACAAGAGGAUUCAUACCGGAGAAAGACCGUUCAAAUGCUCACAGUGUGACAAGACGUUUGCUCGAUCAGACGUCCUUAAGGUCCAUCAGCGAGUUCAUACAGGAGAGAAACCUUACUCCUGCUCCAUCUGCGGCGAGAGAUUCGCUUAUUUAGGUAGUUUUCAGACCCACCAGAACAAACACGCUAAAGAACAAACCGCUCCAGAAUCAUCAGAGUGACUUUUCAUGUCUUGGUCUGUCAAUAAAGGCUUCAUUUUGGCAGUUGCUUUCAUCAUUCAUGCCAUGUGAUAUAUGACAGUGACAUCAUACACAUGAUGAUUUCAAUUUAAAGCAUGCACAAUAUAAUAUACAACAGCUGAAUUUGAUUUCUGAGCAGCGUUCAUAGUGUGGAUAUUUAGUUGAACAUCACUGAGUGAUUUCUCUGUUUGUACAGGAUUACAGACCAGAGUGUGAGUUGUGUUAUUUGUGCCUGACAUUUUGCUUAUAUACCUUGGAAAUAUUUUUAUUUAUUCAGUAAUAAAAUGUGUAUGUGAACUUACCAUUUCUCAAGAUCAGUGGUGGAAAGAGUAUUCCACAUACUAUACAGUAUUCCGAUUUACCAGACAUUAUUUUGAUAGAGUUUUUCUGUGAUGGCAUUAAUCAACCUCUUCAGUCAAAGCUUAGACGUGAGGGUCUGCGUUCGUCACUCAGCCAGUUUUUGGAUUAUGCUUUGUUGACUGUUGGCUCUCUAUUCACUGUGGGUGUCGCGUAGGAGGAACAUGACAGCGCCUUCGUGCCGGUAAUGGCGGCCGUGAGAUUUUGUAUACUGGUCGCUACUCCGGUGAUUCAACCCGCUCGGGAAAAUGGCUGCCACACCAGAACGCGUUCACAUAAUGGCGGUAACAGCGGAGCCUGUUCGCAAAAUGGUGGCUACUACAACAUUCCAUCAUGUCACUGCUGCCUUUCAUGAGUCAAGUCAAGUCAUCGCUGAUCACAUAUCAGCUGAUCUGCUAGAGCCUCGUCACAUCACAGCUGAUCUUCCAGAGUCUCGUC